AAAAAGAACGUCUACAAUUAUUCGCUGCAUCCUCUCUACUUAGCAGGGUGCUUCAAGAUCUUAAGUGUUUUUUUUUUUGUAAAUGGGGAAUUGUGUUUCCCUCUCAAUACCUUUGGAUCAAUCGGUGAAUAAAGUCUCUCAAUGGCUAGAAGAGAAAAGAGGUUAUACUCACAAUCUCAAAAAGAAUCUUGUGGCUUUGGAGACAACCAUGGAAGAGCUCAAGGCUAAGCGGGAUGAUUUGGAAAGAAAGCUCACAAGAGAAGAGGAUAGAGGUCUACAAAGGCUUUCCGAAUUCCAGGUAUGGCUUAAUAGAGUUGCGAAAGUGGAAGAUAAAUUCAACACCCUUGUUAGUGAUAAAGAUGUUGAAAUUAAAAGGCUGUGCCUUUGUGGGUUUUGUUCUAAGAGUUUACUAUCGAGCUAUCGUUACGGGAAAAAUGUUUUCUUGACGUUGGGUGAGGUUGAGAAACUCAAAAGUAAAGAUAUUAAAGAGAUUGUUGCCAAACCUCUAACACCUGAGUUGGAGGAAAGACGACUUCAACCGAUAAUUGUUGGUCAAGAAGCAAUGCUCGAGAAAGCGUGGAAACAUCUCAUGGAAGAUGGAGUUAGUAUUAUGGGUAUGUAUGGUAUGGGCGGUGUAGGGAAGACAACGCUUUUCUCACAGAUCCACAAUAAGUUCAGUAACGACCGACGUGGAUUUGACUUUGUGAUUUGGGUUGUGGUGUCUAAAGAGUUACAUGUGGAGAAGAUUCAAGAUGAAAUCGCUCAGAAAGUUGGUCUUGGUGGAGAGCAGUGGAACCAAAAAGAUAAAAAUCAGAAGGCUGAUCGUUUAUUCAAUUUCUUAAAGAAAAAAAGAUUUGUCUUGUUUUUAGAUGACAUAUGGGAGAAGGUGGAAUUAACUGAGAUCGGAGUUCCGGAUCCAAGAUCACAAAAAGGAUGUAAAUUGUCAUUUACAACUCGUUCUCAGGAAGUAUGUGCGCGCAUGGGGGUUAAAGACCCAAUGGAAGUCAAAUGCUUGACGGAAAACGUCGCAUUUGAUUUGUUCCAAGAAAAGGUUGGACAGAUAACACUUGAUUGUGAUCCAGGAAUCCCCGACCUUGCAAGAACAAUUGCAAGAAAAUGUUGUGGCCUACCACUGGCCCUCAACGUCAUAGGUGAGACCAUGUCUUGCAAGAAGACAAUACAAGAAUGGCGUCACGCUGUAGAAGUUUUCAAUUCAUACGCUGCAGAGUUUUCUGGCAUGGACGAUAAGAUCCUUCCGCUUUUGAAGUAUAGCUACGAUAGUCUUAAGGGGGAGAAUAUCAAAUCGUGUUUGCUGUAUUGCGCUUUAUUUCCAGAAGAUACUAGUAUUCUGAAAGAAGAAUUGAUAGAGUACUGGAUAUGCGAGGAAAUUAUAGAUGGAAGUGAAGGUAUAGAAAGGGCUGAGGACAAGGGUUAUGAGAUUAUCGGUAGUCUUGUUCGCUCAUCAUUGUUGAUGGAGGGGGUUAAUAGGUUUGGACAAAGUUUUGUCACUAUGCAUGAUGUUGUUCGUGAAAUGGCUUUAUGGAUUGCUUCUGAACUGGGAAAACAAAAAGAGGCCUUCAUUGUGCGUGCAGGUGUUGGCUUACCUGAAAUUCCAAAGGUUAAGAAUUGGAAUGCUGUGAGAAAGAUGUCGUUGAUGGAGAACAAGAUUCGUCAUCUCAUUGGCAGUUUUGAAUGUAUGGAACUCACAACUUUGCUCCUGGGAAGUGGAUUAAUAGAAAUGAUCUCGAGUGAAUUCUUCAAUUACAUGCCAAAGCUAGCUGUCCUGGAUCUAUCACAUAAUGAAAGGCUCUAUGAAUUGCCAGAAGGAAUAUCAAAUCUAGUUUCCUUGCAAUAUCUCAACUUGAGAUUAACUGGUACACGCCGUUUGCCAAAGAAGGGUCUGCGAAAGUUGAAAAAACUAAUUCACUUGGAUUUGGAGUAUACAUCGAAUCUUCAGAGUAUUGCUGGGAUAUCAAGUCUGUAUAAUUUGAAAGUUUUGAAAUUACGUAAUAAUUCUUGGUUUCUAUGGGAUCUCGACACAGUGAAGGAGUUGGAAAGUUUGGAACAUUUAGAAAUUUUAACCGCAACUAUCAAUCCAGGUCUGGAGCCAUUUUUGAGCUCUCAUAGGUUGAUGAGUUGUUCACGAUUUCUUACGAUCUCUGGAAAAUAUUUAUCAUCACCGAUAAAUAUUCAUCAUCACAGAUGUCGGGAAUCAUUUGGAAUAUCACUUUCAGGAACUAUGGACAAGCUUAGCCAAUUCAGAAUUGAAGACUGCGGAAUCUCUGAGAUAAAGAUGGGAAGGAUAUGCAGCUUCUUGAGCCUUGUCGAAGUGUUUAUAAAAGAUUGUGAAGCCCUGAGGGAAUUGACGUUUCUGAUGUUUGCUCCAAAUCUUAGAAAACUUUAUGUUUCAGGGGCAAACGAACUAGAAGAUAUAAUAAACAAAGAGAAAGCUUGCGAGGUACAAAUUUCAGGGAUUGUUCCUUUUCAAAAGCUGAAAGAACUUAUUUUAUUUCAGCUAGGGUGGCUGAAGAAUAUCUAUUGGAGUCCUCUACCCUUUCCAUGUCUACAGACUGUCAAAGUAAAAAGAUGUCAAAAUCUGAGAAAGCUUCCACUCAAUUCCAAAAGUGGCAAGCAGGGUGAUAAUGGACUCGUCAUAACAUACGAUGAGACGAGAUGGAUUGAAGGUGUGGAAUGGGAGGACGAAGCUACGAAAAUCCGAUUCUUAUCUUCAUGCCGACAGGACAAUUUAAUACCCUUACCAAGUUACCACGGUUAUAUAUACUAAGGGAGCAAGUUCGAAGUUGAUAAUAUUGUCAUUUUGGUUUAAUUUGUUCCAAAGGGAAACUUUCUAUCCCUCUGCUGCUUUCCGCUGAAUUCUCUCUCUCUCUCUUUAUCUCCCUCAUCUUUCAAACUCUGUAUUGCUUUCUGUUUUUCCUUUAUUUUUAUGCCUUUCACAUGAAACAUACUUGCUAUUAAUAAAUGGUUGUAACUUUAUUGGGAUGUGGAUCAGAAAUUCGGAGUCUUGUGAUUUCUAA